GUAGUAGUUGAAAUAACGGUUGUUCCGUUUUAACAGUUCAUCGAUCGUUAAAUAAAUUCGAGGAAAUUCUUGUAGGACGAAGGACGAGAAUUUCGAUGCUUUUGAUUGUUUGGAGUACCGCGAUAUCAUCGCAGACGUCUUAAGUAGUCGUUAUAUACCGCUGUGGUAAUGCGACACCAGUAAGCAUUGUAUACAUUAUAUUUGCUUUGUAUUGCUUGCUCGAUGCUUACGUCGUAAGGGUUGUAUUCUUCAUUUAUCAGAUCUCUCUAAGGCCUGAUAGCUUAUUAGAUUACUGAUAGUUCUAUUGAAACUAGAGUUUCCGUCGACCGAUUUAACUCGGCAAUUACGAGACGUCUAACGAAAGGAUAACCCCACGAAAGGAUAUCGCAAGAAUUCACGCGAGAGGAGGGGGAUGGCGAAACGAUACCGGAAUCAAGAGGAAAGACGUUGCGACAGAGCUGCUGAUAAACGGAAAGUCCUCUAAUUUUACCUUACGUAGUAUUUCUAUCUGUUAACACGAAUUCUUGCAGGUGGAUAUCACGAACAAACGGCCGCAAAGUAUCAAAAAUGGGCACACAUGUCCAGUCGCGUUAUCAUUCCCCCUUCUGCGACGUGUGCCUCCUCCGCGUCAACUUUUACCAGUGCGCUGCUCUCAGCCUCUUAUCCGCGUUACCUUUCCCUUUUUGCGUUCAACAAGGAAGCACGUGCACGAGUAUAAAACGAAUUCGCACAGACUGCGUCGAUUCAGUUACCCGCAACAUGUGGUCGUGAUACGUACGGACCGACUGUCGUUUCCACCCAUAGAGUCUUGUGAACAAAUAUCGGACUCUCUCCUCUGCUUCUGGGUCCAUUAUACACACUCCGGAUCAAAGGUGACCGUAUGUACUUGGCUCGAGUCAGGACCAUCGAAACCGUUCGUUAUUUAACACCGAUCCCCGGUCGUUCGUAUUUUUCCCCUCGAUCGCUUUCGAUACUUUAACACCGAACAACAUUCGACGAGAUGAUAUCUACCUGCAAAGCAUGCUGUGGCCGAAUACCGCAACGAUGGGUGUUCGCGGUGAUGGGAUUUUUGGCGUUGUUCAACGCGUACGCGAUGAGGGUCUGCCUGUCCAUCACCAUCACCGAGAUGGUCUAUCCGUCGGCGAGCAAGAACCACACCGAAGACGUUUGCGAGUACGAGUCGGACGUUUUCGCCGUUACGAACCUGACUAGGACAUCCGUGAACGGGAAGCGAUACGAUUGGGAUGGAAUCACCCAGGGUGCAGUUCUAUCGUCCUUCUACUGGGGCUACGUGGUAACUCACUUGCCGGGCGGAAUGCUGUCGGAGAGAUUCGGCGGUAAACACUCCCUCGGUCUGGGGAUUCUGGCGACCGCGGUGUUCACGCUUAUCACGCCGGUGGUGGUCGAGUACGGUGAAGCGACAGGUCUGAUCGCUGUGCGCGUGUUGAUGGGCUUGUGCGAGGGCACGACGUUCCCGGCGUUGAACGCGAUGCUCGCUCAAUGGACGCCGCCGGAGGAAAGGUCCAAGAUCGGCUCGUUGGUAUUCGCGGGUGCCCAACUCGGCACGGUGUUCGCGAACUCGUUGUCAGGCCUCAUCCUUCACUAUUCGGCGAUAGGCUGGCCGGCUGUAUUCUACGUAUUUGGUAGCGUAGGCCUUGUUUGGUUCGUGAUAUGGUGUCUAACGUGCUACAACAACCCGGACACGCAUCCGUACAUCUCCGAGAGGGAGAAGAACUUCCUGAGCGAGAGGAUGCAAGCCCACACGCACAAGAAACCGCCCUCGGUACCGUGGCGACACAUUCUGACCUCGGUGCCGGUUUACGCUCUGAUUACCGCGCAGAUCGGUCACGAUUGGGGAUUCUUCACCCUGGUCAACGAUCUUCCCAAAUACAUGAGCAACGUACUCAACUAUCCGAUCAAGAGCAACGGGCUGCUCUCCUCGUUACCCUACUUAACGAUGUGGCUUUGCAGCGUGAUCACGUCGUGCCUAGCCGACUGGAUGAUCACCAGCGGCAUGAUGUCGCGCACCAACGUGCGAAAACUGGGCACCACGAUCGCUUCCCUUGGUCCGGGUGCGUUCAUUAUCGGCGCAUCCUACGCCGGGUGCGACCGCACCACCGUCGUCGUUAUGUUCACCCUUGGCACGACGUUAAUGGGUACGUUCUAUCCAGGGAUGAAGGUGAACGCUCUCGACCUCAGUCCGAAUUACUCUGGUACCCUGAUGGCGGUUGUGAACGGCAUAGGCGCGUUCAGCGGUAUCGUGACACCCUACAUCGUAGGAGUAUUGACUCCGAACGAGGGCCUCUCCGAAUGGAGGCUAGUGUUCUGGAUCGUUUUCGCUGUCUUCGUUGUCACCAACAUCGUUUUCGUACUUUACGCGAGUGGAGAGGUGCAGUACUGGAACAAUCCCGACUUCGUCAGACGAGACAGGGAAGAGAGGAAAAUGAAAAGUAAAAACGAAACGAAGCAAAAUGUUGAGAAAAUUCGUUCUUAAUCCUGAGUGAGGAACAGUUCGUUAUUCGAUGAAUAAUCUACCUCGAGGUCCUAUGAUGCAGCUGAUAACUUUUUGCAACGUGAUUCUACGGUACACACGUAGUGCAUAAGAAAUUGUUCGAACAGCUGUUCAAUUAACUGUUGCAAAAUAACUUUACUAUUAGCAUAAUUGUCGCAACGUAUUUAAAUUCUUCGUUGUUAUCGGGUAUUUUUCCGUCUAGUCCAAGUUUUUCUUUUUUUAUUUUUUUUUUUCUUUUUUGUACUUCAUCCAAUAGAAGGAAGUAACAAUGUGCAACGAAAAGGAACGACAUAAUACACCGAAGAAUUAUGUAUAUAUGUACAGAUGAAUAGCCUUGCACGCUUCGAUGGGCACGUUUAUCGAGCGAGAAUGAAAGACAUAUUCGACUGACGUUACAUAUCGACGUGCUCUCGCGAUGAAGAUAUUCAGUGUACCUGAAAUAUUUGCACGACUUAGUUUUCCAUUCGUGCAAGCGUGUCGUCACCGAAAGAAACGGAAGUAACAGUCUUGUAUUUAGUUUGCGCGCGCACGUACGUGUAUACAGGCAUACGUACGCUUACAGGAGCAUAAAUGUAACAUCUUCCGUAUGUGAAAAUCUAAAUAAAAGAAAGUUCAUUUUCUUA